GUGAUUUAAAAAUGAAAGUGAAGUCCAUUUGGAAGGAAGAUGAAUUAACCUGCAAACCGCUCGAUACAUACAAUGAGAUACUGUUAUUUUUGGAAAAUCCCCCGUCUUGGAGAUCUCUCUGUAAAGAAUUGCAGCCACAUAGUAAAAAAUUAAUAAAGAAUAUUGAGUUAAACAAACAAGAUGUAGUGAGUCUUGAUAGCCCACAUAUAUUUUGUCAUUUCGACCCGGAUACGGAAGAUGUAGCACGACAUGAUGAGAGUAUUUUACCGAAGACGUUGGUAUGCCAUGAUAUGGCCAACGGAUAUCACGAUGACAGUGUUACCGACGGUACGGGCAACCAUGAUGCGUAUACAUUCUACAACUGGGCGGGGGUCGACAUAUUCUGCUAUUUCAGCCACCAUCUCAUCACCAUACCGCCUCUCGGCUGGAUCAACGUGGGACACCAACACGGGGUCAAAGUUAUUGGCACCAUCAUAACAGAGUGGUCCGAUGGAGUUGCAUUUUGGGACAAGAUGCUGGCAUCCGAAACUCAGUACCAGGAGCUCGCGAGCGCGCUAGUGGCCAUUGCGAAAACUUUGAAAUUUGACGGCUGGCUGCUCAACGUGGAAAAUAAGGUCACGAAGCCGGCUGCGUUGCUGGAGUUUGUGCGUUGCCUGCACAAGAUGUUGCACCAGGAGCUGCCGGAGCCGGUCCUCAUCUGGUACGACAGCGUCACCACCGAUGGGCAACUCAUCUGGCAGAACGGACUCAACCACAAAAAUAAAGAUUUCUUCGACGCUUGCGAUGGUUUAUUCACGAAUUAUUCAUGGGAGGAGUCCGACGUGAGGUCGAGUGUGGUGGCGGCUGGUGAUCGCGUUACAGACCUCUACAUCGGCAUAGACGUGUGGGGCAGGAACUUCUACGGGGGCGGACAGUUCAAUGUACAGCAGGCCAUAGAAGUGGCGUAUACCUAUGGAUGCUCAUUGGCAAUUUUCGCUCCGGCCUGGACCCAUGAGGCGAUGAGUCAAGACCCGAAAGAUUUCAAUUCUGUCGCAUUAUCUGAUGAGUUGGAGGUCUACGAUCAGUUCCUGUUGAGGGACCGCGCCCUGUGGGGCAGCAUUUGGCCGUUCCUAAACACGAGAUUGCCUUGCACGUUGCCAUUCCAGACUUCCUUCUGUAGAGGUCAAGGAAAAAAAAGAAGAUUGUACGGAGAGGUGAUAUGCCCUGUACCAUGGUAUAAUUUACGACACAUGCAGUACCAGCCCAACUCAAAUCACGGCCCUCACGGCUACCUCCUCCUGUCCUCACCUGACGACGUCCACACCAUCUCACAGAAAUUUACAGUUAGAGAUGCAACAGGCAUAAUAAAGUACCAAGAAUCAUUCCUGAACAGUCGUCAACAGUUGCAUUCUUUCAAAAUUAGUAGCGAAACAAAUAAUUUUGACGAAUUUAUUGCUAUUGAGCAAUCUUAUGAGGAAACUGUUCCAGAAAGGUUUAAACGUGACUUGAAACAUCUCGAAUCAGACACAAAAGCUGAAGAUAAUGCGCUAGAGGAUACCGCUAGAAAAAGAGACGAAGCAGUUGACAAUCUGUCAGCAGAUCUCGCGGUGAGAGGCGAAAUAGAUGACAAUUUGGUAUCAGAUCCCGUAACGAGAAUCGAAGCAGAUAACAAUCUGAUAUCAAAACACAUAGCGCGACGAGAAAAAGAUGGCAAUCUGGCUUUAGAUCCCGGAAUGACACCCGAAAGAAAUGAUAGUUUGGCAUCAGAUACCCUGGUGAUACGCGAAGGAGAUUAUAAACGGCGUGAACUAGAUGAUAAAAUCUUAUCAGGUACGAGUCUGUCGAGAUACACGGGACUGUCGAAGCCAUAUACGUUAGCAUAUGUUCCUGAUGAGCUGGAGUGUCUCGAAGUGUGCUUAGAAGAUAGUUUUAUUGGAGGGUCAUGCCUGAAAGUGAAUCCUUCAGACAAAUUGUCGCCCGAGCACAGAACGACGAGGAUCUCCCAUUGCGAUUUCUAUUGUCAGGACACGUUAAUCAUUUGCGUGGUUACGAAGACCUUGAUCGAAAAUGAAGAUCAGUUCUUGAAUAUAAAGCUGCAUGCGAAGAACUCGACGGGUGAGGACCUGAAGGUGGUGUUAGUAGGUAGGGACUCGCCAGGCCAGAGCUCUACCAGCCAGACCACCUCGGGUAUCUGCAACGUGUACCCGCUGAACGUAACCAGCAGCCAGUUCCAGGACCUGCAGAAGUACCUACUGCUGAAGGAGUCCGGAUUCUAUAUUUCGGUGGAGAAUUCUUAUGGAUGGAAAAUAAGGUACUACGAGGUCCCUGCUGCAGGGAUGCUGGUAACGUCUGUGAACUGCCGCACCGGCAUGUCCGAGGGGGGCAUCCUGCUCGGGUACCUUGGCCUCUGCCACCGGUCAUAGUUAUCAUGAUGGUCAGCCGGCUGG